GUCACACGCAGCAAGUUAAGUGAAAUUGUAAGAUAAUAGCUUGAAACAAUUUAUCGCAAGGUCUGGCUUGAAUAAAUAAAGAAAAUUAUAAUUAACUUUUAGUCAUUCAAUCUGCAGUGCUCUGCAUGAUAAACACAACACUUGUCAAAACUCUAUUCAAUAAAAUUUAACUUCCUAAUUAAAUUUUAAUAUAACUGUAUUUAUAAAAUUUAAACUUGGGUAGCAUCCUUUAUGAGUUAUUCGGUGUUUUACGCUGUCGGCGUUCACUUCAGAAUAGAAGAUUGCAGUCCCUCCAUCGGAUCACAGCACUACUAUUUUUGAGAACUGAGAGAUAUUUUUUCAAAGUACGUAGUAAUAUAUUACUCAGCAACUGAGGGUGAUCUCAGAUGUGAACCUGGAGCUGCUUCGACAACAGUUCACGUACUGAACAACGAUAGGGGAAGGGGGUGCAUGUGGACAGGCGCUUCUUUGACUCUUUUCAAGUCUACGAAUACACAUUAUAAUUUAGAGAGAUGUCAAAUCGUGUUCAGCAAGCAGCUACUCGUGCCAAUAGCCACUUUUAAUAACCAAGACAAAAGAUUCGGAAAGCUACCACGUUUAAAUACUCUGAAAGCUGAAGGUUGAAACUCGAAAUUUGUGAUGACCUUCCCAGCGACCAACAAUCAUUGUGCAACCGUUCACCCUCCAACAAGUCUCUCCUACUUCACAGCAUCCCUGUCGGUUCUUCUUGCUAUCAUAACCAUUCCAGGAAACUUCCUUGUCUUUUUAGCCAUCAUCAAGGAUCCCUUUCGAAACUUGAAAACGCCAUUCAAUUAUUUCAUGUUGAGUUUGGCUGCAACAGACCUAGCGGUGGGAGCAAUCUUGGACCCGAUUUCAGUCGCGUAUCACAUCGACGAAGCACUUCAGCUAAAUGUUGUGGACAUCACAGUUCUACAUAUUUUUUACUUCAUUUUGAGCACAGCAUCUAUUCUAACACUCGCCGCGCUGGCAAUGGAUAGAUAUUUUGCGGUAGCUUCACCAGUAAAGUAUAAGACGAUGGUCACGUCAAAACGUGCCAUUCUGGUAUCUGUGUCAAUUUGGAUUGGAGCGCUCGGCUUCUCUUUCAUUUACUUCAAACUCGGUUUUAUUGUCUACUCCUUCGUUUUCGCUAACACCGCCGUGUUCACCACAUUUUUGGUUCUCAUAUUUGUUCAUGUAGGCAUCCUCAAACGUCUCCGUGAGCGAUCCAAAUACUGGCGAGAUCAAAGAGCAAUGAACUAUGCCGAGCCCGAACAACAGGAGAACCGAAACGACAUUAUUAACACUAAAAAGGAAGGCAAGGCAGCCAAGGCAUUGAUGAUUAUUCUUCUCGCCUUCUUCUCUUCGCUUACGCCUGCCUGUGUUAUGAUCUACUUGUUAAAUUUCUGUUCAAAGUGCAGCUGUUUGGUUGUCCACUGGUUGCGGGAUUUGAAGAUUUUAAUCGUGCUGUGUAAUUCGGGUAUUAACCCGUAUUUGUACGCAUGGAGGCUCCCUCAAUUCAAUAAAGCUUUUUACAAAUUUCUUCACCUAAGGUCUCGAGACCAACGAAAUAACGUUCCCACAACAUCAACACUUAGCGUGGGUAAGACUGAAAACCCAAGACCAUGAGAAUCGUGCCGGCCAUGAAGAUGAAAAGAUGACUAGAGUUUAAUACGCGUUUCUGACAAGUACUGUCAAGAUUCACGAAACUACAGACUUACAAUGGCUCAUCUUCUGUUACUAUAAAAAUGCUAUUUCUGACGAAUGAGCUUGCGAAGAAGGCCGAAAUAACUAUUUUGCCGACACGGGACACAAUGCGGGCAGGGCUCAAGGUCGGUGCAUCAGGGGUAGAAAGAAAGAGGAAUAUAAAGGGGAGUGUAGCAUGUGAUAUUCAUCUCGGCCUCUGAAUCCACUCUGCAUGUUCCGAGCUCCGUUUAAUUUUUUUUGUGUUAGUAUUUCAGGUAUAUAUUUUUACUGCACUAUCGACAGCCUUUCCUUUGUAAAGCCUCCGUAGGAAAGGCUACCAAUCGCUGGAGCAUGAGCCAUGGUUCCUAUCCAGAUUUCCUGCUUUUUUUAUGUAGGACAGGUUUUUUUUGUGGCCUCCGUUGGCCUCCGUUCUAAUCGCACUUCUGUAUUGUAAGCGGUUCCUCAGCUCCGUUAUUAUCAUCUUUUGUAUUAGUGCUCUGUUCUUGUAAUUUUUCUAGUUUACUUAAAUGAUUCGAUAUAUUUGUAUUUUGGGUUUUCGGUUCUAAGUACUGGACAACCCGGCCUAACUGGCAUAAUGUGCUUGUCUAUGGGGUUUUUGUCCAACGUAGAAGACACCCCAGCUCGGUUUGAAAAAGAGGCACAACGGGUAACUCGGAAAUGGUCUAUUUGCCGGAGCUCUUUUAAGGUCUUUUACUGUUCGGUGGAAUAAGGAAAGAAAGAAAUAUGUAGCACUCACGAGGAGCUCUCUUUUGUUUGUUUGAAAUAUUGAAGAUGAAACAAAAAUAAAUUUCAUACUAGUCCACGCUACUGCAAAAUUCUAAAAGAUGGCCAUUCAAUAAUUGCCGACAAAUGUAUGAAUAGUUGCCAGCUGUUGGACAAGGCGAAAGAGGAUGCCUUUAUUAAUACUGACGUUCAUUAAAAGUAAGGUUAAUGUCACACGCAGCAAGUUAAAUGAAAAUGUAAGAACAUGAAACAAGUAAAUCAGUUUGUAUCGCCAGG